AUGGCGAAACAAAAAGGAGAUGAAGACGGCGAUAAAAGUAAGGGCAAUGACAGCAGCGACGAAAUUUUCGAAGACGGCGGCGGAAUUUUCCAGGAAGAAGACGGCGAAAAAAGUAAAGGCGAAGACGGCGGCAUUGGGAAUUACAGCGAAGAAGACGGCGAAACUAACAGCGAAGAUGGUGAAGCGAGUGACGAAGUGGCUGGCAGCAUUCUCAGAAUUAGAGGCAAACGGAGCAACGAAAAAGGCGGCGAACAAAACGAAGACGGUAGAAGGAACGACAAUUACGCAGAAGGCGACAUGCACAACCAGGCUGGAGACCAGUCUAGAAACGCAAAAAGCAGCGAACGUAAAGCGGUAGUGGAAAAUUUUAACGAGAGCAUCGACGUCUCGUUGGGCAUGGCAACACUUAACACAGGUGUUGAGUGA